UGAAGCCGAAUAUGUGAAUGGUUGUACGUGAAGUAGGAAGCAACAUUGCUCGGUUGAGCUCCGUUGUGUCCCGUGGUAACCAGCCGGGCAUGUUUGAAACGAAAAUACGACCUGGGGCGGGCUGUACUUGUCUGAAGUGACCUGUGUAAUGUUUUUAAAUGCACCUAUACUCUACUGCAAGACUUGAUGCUUGGAUGCCACGUUUCGGCAACAUUGUUACGCUCCUCAAAGUAAGAAAGUAGCCAGCUUGCGCUGUUGUUUUAUUUCGCCUCAGUAGACUUGUAACAAACUGGCUACAUUUGUAGCAGCGGGCUAAAUACGGCUUGCUACUUAGCUCACGUAGCUUCACUCCGCAACAGCUGAUCUGACCUCAAACAUCCUACUGAUGGACGCGUACGGCUACGUGUGCGUUCUGCUCCUCUGCUCUUGUGUCGUGCUCGGUAAACCAACGCUAAGAAAAGAACGCGUCCACCACGACCCGUUAGAACUAAUUAAACAAGCCAACGAAGACAACCAGAGCUUCCAAUUCGAUCAUGAGGCCUUUCUGGGAAAGGAGGACGCUACUACUUUCGACCAGCUUACCCCGGAGGAGAGCAAAGACCGGCUUGGUAAGAUAGUGGACCGGAUCGACGGGGAUGGAGAUGGCUAUGUCACCAUCACUGAACUGAAGGCCUGGAUCAAGCGGGUGCAGAAGCGUUACGUCUACGAGAACGUGGCCAAGGUGUGGACGGAUUACGACCUCAACAAAGACAACAAGAUCUCGUGGGAUGAGUACAAGCAGGCUACCUAUGGCUACUACCUGUCUAACCCAGAGGAGUUUGAAGAGGCCACAGACCAGUUCAGCUUCAAGAAGAUGCUGCCCAGGGACGAGAGGAGAUUUCAAACCGCUGAUCUGGAUGGAGAUCUGGCAGCUGAUAGAGAAGAGUUCACCUCCUUCCUCCACCCAGAGGAGUUUGACCACAUGAAGGACAUCGUGGUCCUGGAGACUCUGGAGGACAUUGAUAAGAAUGGAGACGGACAUGUGGACGAGGAUGAGUAUAUUGCGGACAUGUUUUCCCAUGAGGAGGGAGGUCCAGAACCAGACUGGGUCAGAACGGAGCGAGACCAGUUCUCUGACUUCCGGGACCUGAACAAGGACGGAAAGAUGGACGUUGCGGAGAUUCGCCACUGGAUCCUGCCCCAGGACUACGAUCACGCCAUGGCAGAGGCCCGACACCUGGUCUACGAGUCAGACCAGGACAAGGACACAAUGCUGACCAAGGAGGAGAUCCUGGAGAACUGGAACAUGUUUGUAGGAAGUCAGGCCACCAACUAUGGAGAAGACCUGACCAAGAACCAUGAUGAACUCUGAGCAUCGUUUAUUGUUGUGUUUGUGGCAGGGAGGUCGGACCUCAACUGAGCAUCGUCAACCUCGACCACAAACUUGUCUGGUCCUCAGCCUUAUCCUGCUAAAUGUCAUCAGUUGAACACAAACAUAGUUCUAACACUGCAGUAACCCCCCCGAGGGGAGGGGCCAAGGAAUAGUCUGUUCCUACCACUGACGGUCCAGGUCCUCCUGAGCGGCUGGACCGGGUUUGGUCCUGUUUCUGACAUUUAGGAACAGAGAUUGACCACAACCAACCUCCUUGCGACUGCCUUUGACGUUGCUCAUCAGCCAGACUCCCAUCUGGUUUAGCAGCCUUUUACAUCUCUAUACACAGCCAUCAUCACAUCACCAUCUUUGACCGUUUUGAUCAUUUCCCUUAUAUUGUCUUUUCUUUCAACCUGACAUGAUUUUAGCAGAGAUGAGAACAUCGGGUUGAUCGUCAGGAAUAUUUGAUUUGAUUGUGGUUCCAAUGUGAAAACAAAGCACAACCUAAAAUACUUACUCUAAUUCUAUUUAUUUAGUCAUGUAACUUGAGGAGGUGAAGAAGCCUGGGAGGUAUAAGAGUUAGACAGAAGUCAAAGGGUGUUGAUGAAGGCUGCCUACUUGUUGAACUUGUCAGAUAUCACUACACACGUUGUUUUUAUACAGUGGACACAGAUGUUGUUUUUAUACAGUGGACACAGAUGUUGUUUUUAUACAGUGGACACAGAUGUUGUUUUUGUUUUGCUGGCCAGUAAAGACUUUUAUAAAUCAGA